AUGGCGACGCGAAAACUCUUCGACGCGACCGCUCGGUACUUGACCACGAAUCACGACGAUUCAGACGACGAAAGGAAGAAGAUGAUGAAAUCGAUGAUGAUGAAGCAACAUCAUACGCAACAACAACAAUUACAAAGCAGAGCAAAUUCAAAAAUCAAAUUGGAAAUCAACAAACGGUUUCUCGUGUCGACGCUCGCGAACUGCGCGCACGCGAACAGAUAUCGCGAUUCAAACAGCUUAUAUCGAGCGAAGGAAAAGGAAGACGCGGUGAUGAAAACACCGACAACGCGUAAAGGUGGGAGGAAAAAGCAACAACAACAGAUGAAGACGCCCGGGACGAAGAAGCGAACACGAAGCGAAGACCAAGAGGAGGAGGACAAAAAGAGAAGACGUGCGGGAGGAGGAGGAGCUUCGACGUCGUCGUCGUCUUCAUCUUCGAGCGACGAAAACGACGACGAAAACGAAAACGAAAACGAAAACGACGACAUCGAAGAUAAAAUACGAAAGCUCUUGCUCCUGAGCAAAACGAAAAGAGGGAGAGGUUUAAUCGGCGCUCGGAUGGACGACGUCGUCAAAGAAGACUGUAUCGAGAACGAGAACGCUCGCGGUAGUACUCGUAAAAAGAGUAGCGCGAAGAAGAAGAAAGAGAAGCGCCGCAAAAAAGAGAAGAAGAGAGAGAAGAAAGAAAAGAAGGAGAAGCGCAAAGGGGAGAGAGGGAAACUGAGAGGCGUUAAAGAGAAUAGUUCGUAG